CGUCAUAAAGAAAUACAACAACAAUGCUUGGAAGCUAAUUGUGUCAGCAGGGGGUUGAUAUUUGUUCAUUAAUGUUUUGUAGAUGUCUUCAGUCUUUAGAGAAUAUCACACCAUUGAAACACUAUUACAACAUUAUUAUGAUGUUGUAUUAUAUUUAGAUUUCCAAUCAUGUUUUGCAGAAUAUUCAGUAUGGUUCAGAAUUCCUCAACUAAAAAUCCCAUGGUAAAUAGGUGUAGGCUAGUUGUGUUGAUCUGCAAAAUGAACCCACUAAAAUCCAUUUUGUUUUUGUUUGUUUUUCAGACCGCGGGGCCAACCACAGAACCAUGGAGCCUACCUAUACUGUGAUGUCACUGGAUAACUCUACAUCAACUGUGAUGCCCAUGGCGAUCUCCACCGGCAACACCACUGUGAGCAUAGAGCCGUACAUGCACCGCCUGGCCCAUUUAGACGAGGGUCUCUACAACGACUUCUACGGCCUGUGGAUCUGCCUGGUGGUGGUCAACACACUCAUCUUCAUGAUGGGAAUGGUCCUCAACACCCUGGCCCUGUACGUGUUCUGCUUCCGCACCAAGCCCAAGACCACCUCAGUCAUCUACACCAUCAAUCUGGCUGUCACAGACCUACUGGUGAACCUCUCCCUGCCCACACGUAUCAUCCUCUACUACAGUGGGGGAAAGUGCCUCAACUGCUCCUACGUGCAUAUAUUCAGCUACUUUGUCAACAUGUACUGCAGCAUCCUCUUCCUCACCAGUAUAUGCGUGGACAGAUACCUGGCCAUAGUACAGGCUGAGGCCUCUAGGAAGUGGAGGAACCCUAACGUGGCAAAGGGGGUGUGCACUUUCAUCUGGCUCUUCGCUAUCGUGGUCACCUACUCCUUCCUCACCACGGCGUUCCGACACGCGGGCUGCUGCGUCUCCAAGCUCUUCGCCCUGACCAUCUUCGAGUUCUUCCUCCCCUUGGUCGUCAUCGUGGUGUUCACCGUGCGCAUCAUGUGUGCCCUGUCCAACUCCAGUCUGAUGCAGCAGAGCAGAGAGCGGCGCGUGCGAGCCGUGCAGCUCCUCACUACUGUCCUGGUCAUCUUCACCAUCUGCUUCACCCCGUUCCACGUCAGGCAGGUAAUGGUGUACUUCUACCCCGACAUGCCCCACCAUGUCAUUGUCUACCACGUCACCGUCACCCUCAGCAGCCUGAACAGCUGCAUGGACCCCAUCGUCUACUGCUUCGUCACCAACAACUUCCAGUCCACCAUGAGGAGUUUCUUCCGCAAGGCGGAGGCGGAGCUGGAGCAGACCAGCGGGAACAUCAUCAGCAUGCAGAAUAGCUCCAAGGGCUCGGGGACUGUCACGGCUAUCGCUCACAGUGUGAUGAUGAACGUCCUGUCCUCCUCCUCUCCCCAGCAAGGGAACCACAUAGUGUGAGACUGAGAAAGGGAUGGGAAGACUGAGAGAGGAAUGGGAUGUUCAGUGUUCAGAGAGAGAUGGAUUUAC